CUUUCUGAAAGAAGAUCAAAAUUUGGUAAAAACAACGCGACGAAGAUACCUAUAUAUCUUUUCUGUAAAUUAUCAGUUUUUGCUUUCAAAUCUCUCAAAUUCUUGCCUGAAAUCUAGUCUUCUUCUUCAUCUAUACAUACGCCUAUACGCACACACUUAUACACAGAAUUGUCACUUCAAUCGCUUUAUAUUAUCCACAAAGAUUCAAUCUUUAGGGUUUCAAUUGAUUUUAUAAUGAUUAUUCUCCAUAAUUACUAAUUAAACUCAAUUAAUUGCUUUUAUCAUGACGAGCAACGAAGAUGAGUCUAACGACGCCGUUUUGAGCGACGUGGAGGACGAAGAUCCGGCGCCGAUCGAGGUCGGGAGUAGUUCGCUGGAUGAGAACGUGUCCGUUGAGAAGUUCCGCGAGAUUUUCGCGGAGCUGGAGAGAGAGAAGCUAGCGAGAGAAGCGGCGGAAACGUCGAAAUCGGAGUUGCAGGUGUCGUUUAAUCGGUUGAAGGUGUUGGCUCAUGAAGCGAUUCGGAAGAGAGACGAGACGAAUCGAGUGAAAGACGAGGUGGUACGAGAGAGAGAUGAGGCGAUUAGGAGUCGUGACGAGGCUUUGAGAGAGAGUGAGAAGUUGAGAAUUGAGUUGGAGGAGGUAGGGAGAGUGAGAGAUGAAGUUUUGGAGAAAUGUGAGGCGGUGAGAGGUGAGAUCGAGACAGGGGCGAGGAUGUUGAUGAAUGGAAUUGAGAAGAUUUCGGGGAAAGUGAGUGGAUUUAGGGAUUUUAGUGGAGGUGGAUUGCCGAGAUCACAGAAGUAUAGUGGAUUACCGGCUGUGGCAUAUGGUGUGAUUAAGCGAACGAAUGAGAUUGUCGAGGAGAUGAUUAGGCAGGUUGAGUUGAAAGGGAAGGAGAGGGAUGAGGUUAGGGAGCAAAUGGAGCAGCGGAAUUAUGAGAUUGCGAUUGAGGUUUCGCAGCUCGAGGCUACAAUUGAUGGAUUGAAGGAGGAAGUGGUGAAGAAGGGGAGUGUUGUGGAGGGGUUGGAGAAGUUGGUGAGUGAGAAAGACGGGAAGUUGGGGGAUUUGGAGAGGGAGAUGUUGGAAAAACAAGGUUUAGCGGAGGAUGAGUUGGUGAGGUUGAGGGGACUGGUUGACGAGAGUGAGGGUAAGUUGAGGAAUUUGGAAGUGAAGAUGGAUUCACAGAGGCCGUUGUUGGUGGAGCAGUUGAAGUUUGUGGCAAAAAUACAUGAUCAGAUUGAUAAUGUUAUUAAGAUAGUGGAGGGUAAUAAGUUGGAUCAGUCGGAAUUGUCUGAGUCUUUGUUUUUACCAAAAGAAACGGAUAUGGAAGAGAAUGUACGUGCUUCUUUGGCGGGAAUGGAGUCGAUAUAUGAAUUAAGUAGAAAUGUUGUUGAGAAAGUAAGGGAAUUGGUAGAGGAGAGGAGUAAUGAAGUAAAGAGGCUGAAUGAUACGGUUUCACAGUUAGUUAAGGAGAAAGAGCAUAUAGGAACCUUGCUUAGAAGUGCUUUGUCGAAAAGAGUGUCAGCGGAUUUGUCAUCCAAAACCAAUGAACUUUUCAAAGUUGCGGAAAAUGGAUUGAAAGAGGCGGGUAUCGAUUAUAAGUUUAGUAAUCAUAUGAGGGAUGGAAAGGGACUGCCUUUAUAUGACAAGAAAGAUGCUCUAGUGGCAGAGGAGGAUGAAAUUUAUACUUUGGCGGGUGCCUUGGAGAAUAUCAUUAAGCAAUCACAGCUUGAAAUAAUUGAGCUAAAGCACACUGUUGACGAACUCAGGGCAGAGGCAGAUUUACUCAGACAGCAUGUUGAAGCUCAGGCCAAGGAACUCAAUCAAAGGAAGCAAAAGUUAGAGGAACUCGAAGAGAAAGAGAGAGUCGCCAAUGAAAAUGUUGAAGGGCUUAUGAUGGACAUUGCUGUAGCUGAAGAAGAAAUUACAAGAUGGAAAGUAGCUGCACAACAAGAAGCCGAUGCGGGUAAAGCAGUUGAACAAGAUUUUAUGGCACAGUUAUCAGUUGUUCGUCAGGAACUGGAAGAGGCAAAGCAAGCUGUAAUAGAGUCCGAGAAAAAACUUAAGUUUAAAGAAGAAACAGCAGAUGCUGCCAUGGCAGCAAGGGAUGCAGCUGAGAAAUCAUUGAGGUUGGCUGAUUUAAGAUCUUCUAGGCUUAGAGAUAAAGUUGAGGAGCUAACUCGCCAGCUUGAAACACAUGAAACCUCAAGAUCUGUUUUAAGUAGGCCGAGAUAUGCUUGUUGGCCAUGGGAAUGGCUUGGCCUCAACUUUGUUGGUUCUCACCAACCGCCUACACAUCAAGAAAGUACUAACGAAAUGGAACUUUCUGAACCUCUCAUAUAGGUUGUAGCUGUGCAUCUUCUCACAGUUUCUUUAUUACAUCCUCUUUGUAUCUCUCAACAUGAAAGCGGUUGUAGAAAUAGAAUAUACACGUUAGUUUGUACAAUAUCCAUUUUUUCAGGUUUCUUUUUUCAAUCGUAUAAAGAUCAGAGUAGUGAUAUCGAAACGUAUAACUAUGAGAGAAAGUAAUACUUGUUUUCUUGUUUAUCGGCCAUUUGAUUGGAUUUGUACC